UCUCCAGCCGAACGGUGCCGAAUGUGACGCGACGCAGCCCGCUGGUUAGUACGGUUCGAGUGUUCAACGAUAUCGGCCACCACAUCGCGGAGCGGACGGUAAUCGAAACGGAAAAAAGUACGCCAACAGUAGCAGCAGCAACAGCGCGCGUGUGCACACACAAACACACGCACGGGGCUCGUGAGUGUGUGAGACCGUGAUCGAGAAGGUGGCCGUCUUGUUGGAGAGUGACCAGCGGAAAGACAGCAUUUGCUAUCCUUUGUGUGCUUAGACGUGGAUUAGGCUAGAACGAGUUUGUUACAGACACAAAUGGACGCCCAGGCAGAAACCGAAAUGCCCACGGGAAACGUGAGCGACGAACCGUUUCUCGGCCCGUUGGACAUCAUCCUGCUCGUCAGUCUGCUGGCCGGUACCGCCUGGUAUCUGCUUAAGGGCAAGAAAAAAGAAAACCAAGCUAGUCAGUUCAAAUCCUACUCGAUCCAACCGACCACGGUAAACACGAUGACAAUGGUGGAGAAUUCGUUCAUCAAGAAGCUGCAAUCCUCUGGUCGUCGUUUGGUGGUGUUCUACGGUUCUCAAACAGGCACGGCAGAGGAAUUUGCCGGUCGUCUGGCAAAGGAAGGAAUCCGCUACCAGAUGAAGGGCAUGGUAGCCGAUCCGGAGGAGUGCAAUAUGGAAGAACUACUGAUGUUGAAAGACAUCGACAAAUCGUUGGCUGUGUUUUGCUUAGCAACGUACGGUGAGGGCGAUCCGACGGACAACUGUAUGGAGUUUUACGACUGGAUUCAAAAUAACGAUCUGGAUAUGACCGGUUUAAAUUAUGCGGUGUUUGGCCUGGGCAAUAAAACGUACGAGCAUUACAACAAGGUCGGCAUCUAUGUUGACAAGCGGUUAGAGGAACUCGGAGCAAACCGAGUGUUUGAGCUAGGAUUAGGCGACGAUGAUGCGAACAUUGAGGAUUACUUCAUUACGUGGAAGGAAAAGUUUUGGCCAACGGUGUGCGAUUUCUUCGGCAUUGAAAGUACGGGCGAGGAUGUGUUGAUGCGACAGUAUCGUCUGUUGGAGCAACCGGAUGUCGGUGCGGACCGUAUAUACACCGGUGAGGUGGCCCGGCUACACUCACUGCAGACGCAGCGCCCACCGUUCGAUGCCAAGAACCCGUUCCUAGCCCCCAUCAAGGUAAACCGGGAGCUGCACAAGGCCGGGGACCGUUCCUGCAUGCACGUCGAGUUCGAUAUCGAGGGCUCGAAGAUGCGGUACGAGGCCGGUGAUCAUUUGGCCAUGUACCCGGUGAACGAUCGGGAUCUGGUCGAGCGGCUCGGCAAGCUGUGCAACGCGGAUCUGGAAACGAUAUUCUCGCUGAUCAACACCGACACGGACAGCAGCAAAAAGCAUCCAUUCCCCUGCCCGACCACCUACCGGACGGCUUUGACGCACUACCUCGAGAUAACGGCGCUACCCCGGACGCACAUCCUGAAGGAGCUGGCCGAGUACUGCACGGAGGAGAAGGACAAAGAGUUCCUGCGGUUCAUCUCGUCUACCGCGCCGGAAGGAAAGGCAAAGUACCAGGAGUGGAUACAGGACAGCAGCCGCAACGUGGUGCACGUGCUGGAGGAUAUCCCGUCCUGCCAUCCACCGAUCGAUCACGUGUGUGAACUGUUACCGCGUCUGCAGCCGCGCUACUAUUCCAUCUCCUCCUCGUCCAAGCUCCACCCGACGACGGUACACGUGACGGCGGUGCUGGUGAAGUACGAGACGAAAACGGGCCGAUUGAACAAGGGUGUCGCUACGACGUUCCUUGCUGAAAAGCACCCGAACGAUGGGGAACCGUUGCCGCGCGUACCUAUCUUCAUUCGCAAGAGCCAGUUCCGUUUGCCACCGAAACCGGAAACGCCCGUAAUCAUGGUCGGUCCUGGUACCGGGCUGGCACCGUUCCGUGGCUUCAUACAGGAGCGCGACUUCUCCAAGCAGGAGGGCAAGGAAAUAGGGCAGACGACGCUAUACUUUGGCUGCCGAAAGCGUACAGAGGACUACAUAUACGAAGACGAACUGGAGGAUUAUUCCAAACGUGGCAUCGUUAACCUGCGCGUUGCCUUUUCGCGUGAUCAAGAGAAGAAGGUGUACGUGACGCAUCUGCUCGAGCAAGAUAGCGACCUGAUAUGGAACGUUAUCGGCGAGAAUAAGGGACACUUUUACAUCUGCGGUGAUGCGAAAAAUAUGGCCACCGAUGUGCGAAACAUUCUGCUUAAAGUCAUACGCUCAAAAGGUGGUUUAAGUGAAACGGAAGCACAGCAGUACAUAAAAAAGAUGGAAGCCCAAAAACGAUACUCGGCGGAUGUGUGGAGCUAAUCGUCGUGCCUGCCACCCUAUUUACCACCUAACACUCUACCAGUGCGCAAACACACACAUUUAAAAAGAACACACACACGGUCACAAAACGCCUUCACAUUAGCUAGCGGGUGGGUAAUGUUUUCCGACGUCAGGAUCAAGCACUUGUUUGUAAGUCUGUAUUUUGUUGAUGUUGCUGUUGUUUCGUGCAGCAUAACAGUGUUAAGGUUGCAGUUUCUUAUUUUCGUACCGUGUAGAAAGAUCUUAGCAGUAGCACAAUGUUUCUUCUUUUUUUCCGGGGAGGGUUACCUUUCAUUUUAAUGUCGACGUUAAUGGUCCUACGCACGCAUGCACACGCGUGCAAUCACGCGAACGCCUGGUUGGCGUUGUGAUAGUUUCUACCUUUUUUUUUUUUAAUGUUCUUUAAAUUAAAUCUUGAGUUGUACUUGUCUGUCUAUCUUCGAGGGAUGCUUUCAUGGGAAGGGUUAACCAUUCCCAAAGGUGAUCGUGGAAGGGAGUAACGGGCACGUAACCAUUGCUGGGUGCGGAAUGUUCCAUCCCGUAAUGCAACCAGCUGCUAUAAUUCACACAUUACUUUACCUUCGGUCGCCUUGUAUUUUAUUUCUGAUGACGGUUUGCAAAUCGUUCGAGCACGCGAUUCUCGAUAAGAAAAGUACAUGUGUAAUAAUAGCAUGUUUGUAAUAGGGGGAAACAGAUAUAAUUUUUUUUUAUAUUCAUAUACAAACAUAAAAUCUACAGUACAGAUCGAGAAAAAGAACAAAAUGUGUCGGCUCCCGUGCAGGGGAAGUGGGAAUUCUAGCGAUGGAAUGUAAUAAAAUUAUCUAAAACUUGUA